AUGGCUGAUCAGCAAAAUAUCCGCGCGUUCCAAAAGCAGUUGGGUAUCAACCUAAACCGCAAGAAUGUGUCCAGGAAGAAGGGGCUGCGUAUGCACCAUAGCAUUGGUCUCGGAUUCAAGACUCCGAAAGAGGCCAUCACCGGAACUUACAUCGACAAGAAAUGCCCAUUCACGGGACACAUUUCCAUCCGUGGUCGUAUCCUGACUGGUGUUGUGCGUAAAAUGAAGAUGCAUCGUACUAUUGUCAUCCGUCGUGAUUAUCUGCACUUCAUCCGUAAAUACGACCGUUUCGAGAAGCGGCACAGAAACAUGAGCGUGCAUCUGUCGCCCUGCUUCCGUGAUGUCGAAGCUGGAGAUAUCGUGACCGUUGGCGAGUGUCGGCCGCUUUCCAAGACCGUGCGCUUCAACGUUCUGAAGGUCAGCAAAAUGGCCGGAUCGAAGAAGAAGUUCAGCAAGUUCUAAGCGCUGGUUUGCUUGGCGUGUGGUAUUCGCCUAUCAGCAAAGAAGGAUGUAUGAGUUGGACGGAAGGAAUAAAGAAUGAUAACCAACUACAAA